ACAGCUGUUUAUCAAUACGUAGUAUAUAAGUGUGCGUUUACCAAAAUUGAAUAUGUUUAUGAACAUGUAUUUCUUACGUAUGUACAUAUACCUAGAAGUUUUCAAGAUAUUUAUUUUUGAUUUGAUGUAGCGUUUUGUGUAGCGUCCAUUUCAAAAGUAUAUAAAUAGGAAAUCUGGGCGUCAAUCUGAAAUUUCAAAAUAAAAUUAUAUCGUUAUUUUAUUAAAAAAUAAUAUAUAAUCGAUAAUGCCAAAUAAAAAUAAAUUAAUUAAAGAUGUUUAUUAUAACAUGAAUAAGGGCAAAUGUGAAAGUCCCGAAUUUAUUCGAGCUGUUCGAAAUCAUCCAGCUUUAUAUGAUCCAGAAAAUUGUGAUUAUAAAAUGGCAACGGUGAAGGAAGCAAUUUGGAAGGAAUUGGCGAAUCAAUUUGGUGUGACAAGUGAUGUUGCUAAAAAACGGUGGAAAAGUUUAAGGGACACAUAUACCAAAAAGUUCCGAAUAAGUGAAGAACAUGCUGCACAUUUUAAAUAUGGAAAAGAGCUGCAAUUUCUAAAGUUCUAUAUGAAAGCUGAACGUAUGUCCAAAAUUAUUUCAACCAUCAAACAAAAUGUGCAAUACGUGAAGAAAAGUGGAAGUCCUGUUGAAGCAAUUCACUUUGAAGAAAUAACACAGGACAUAUCCGAAAAAGAUUUGUUGCAACAGCUCGAUAUUAAUAUUUUUAUUUCUCAAGUUAAGUGCCACGCUUGCAUAUGGAAUCAAAACUUUAAUUCUUACAACAUACUUGAAGAGAGAAAUAAAGCUUGGUUAAAUAUUGCGAAACAUUUCAUAGAAGAUUUUGAGCAGCUUGAUGCAGAAAAUCAAAAUAAAAUAAUUAAAAUACUAAGGCGAAAAUGGCGACGUUUACGAGAAAAAUAUUUAUCCACAAAGAAAAUAUUGGAAACAAGGCCGGAAACGAAUUCCGAUAAAAUAUUCACUCAUUUCUUCAAUCUUGCUUUUAUAGAAAAUGGUUUUAAACAGAAAAGAGAUCCAAUGGUUGAGGAUGUAAACGAAAUAGAUUCCGGUCCCAAUAACAUGAAGGCUGAGUACUUGAGUGAUUCUCAAUUAAAUGAAAAUUUUGAAGAAGAAAAUGAAGUGGAAUUGAUGCAGACUAAUCAAAAUACUUCUGCUUUACAAAGACAGUUAUCAGAUACUAAUUAUGUAGAAGAAGAAGAUGAGGAUCGAUUGUUUUUAUUAUCUUUAGUUAAGGAAAUGAAAAAAAUACCAAAAGACCAUAAGUUAGAUGCACGACUUAAUAUUUUAGUGGUACUUAGAAAUUGGCAAAAAAUGCAUUAUGCUGAUGAUACGAUCCUUAAUGAUUUUCCAAAUAAUGAUAAUGGGAGUUAAAGAUUUAAAUAAACAAAAAUUGUAUAUAUAUAUAUAAGCAAACAAAACAGUUCAAAAUAUCUAAGUGUAGAAACCCCUCUUAAUAUUUCACUUAUAUACUGUGAAGAAUUUAAAAAAUCUAAAUAUGUAUUCGCAGUAUUACAAUUACACAGAAAAUUCCAAAAAAAAAGAAAAUUUUAGUUUUUCGGAAUAAAUAAAAGAAAUUCUUAAAUAGAUAGCAGUUGCAAAAGAGAGCCAAUAUAAGAUGAAUUUUAGAUUUUUUGUUCAACCUUUAAGAAUUUGUGCAAUGCCUUGUACCUUUCGAAUUUCAGACAUCAAAUAAAUUUUUUAUUUACAUACUGCAA